ACUGUGUAGAAAAUUACACGAUAAUGCUUGUAAGCUCGUUAAGCUACCAAACAGAUCUUCUCAUAAAGAGAAUUCUUAACGAGACUUUACUAUAUGUAAUAUCUAUAGAAGCCUAAGGGCUUGUUCACGUUGACUCGCGAGUGCGGAGGCGGGCGCUAUCACAAAAUAUCAAAAAAAGUGCAAAAAUAUAGCUUGACAAGUUCAUGACAUUCCCCUGAUAUGCGGGCGACGGGGGAAAAGACUGCGCGGGUGUGAAUUCGUGCACAAGGAAUUUGCACGCGAAAUUGCGCGCGCGGGGCAUCACUACCUCCCCUCCCGGCCCGCGCGGACCAUCGGGAGUGUUACGAACGAAUUUUGCCAAGCUGUAUGUUCACGUAGAACUAGCGGCAGAUGAUUUAAUGUGGGUCUUCUCCUCCUGAGUGAGUCAUUUGAGAGAAUAGACUUCGAGGCUUUGCUUCCUUGCCCGGACGGACGCGGGGGAGGUUGCUGUACUGGCGAGUUAUUCCAGUUAAGUCCUUUUAAGGCUGAGGCGCUCUUGUCUACGGAAUGUGUUGAUGAUUCUGUGCCUGUACGCUGGGGUUUGUCCUGUGGUUGGUCCCAAUUUUUGUCAUGUCCAACUAUGAAUUUUCGAUUAAAAGUGUAUGAUUGUACAUGUUUUUAGUUACUCAUACUCGGGCAAACACCUGGCGGACAAUGUAAAUAGUAGCUCGCCAGUCGCCUAUCCUACCGCGCUCGCUUCCGCACUCGCGCCCGCUUGUGUACGUGAUUAAACACUCAACCAAAAGACAUAUACUUACUUUUUUAUUUUAUGUUAUUUGGAAUGUUAGUACUUAAUAAUAAAAUGAAUUUAAAAUGAUUUUGUAUUAAAUCUGGAAGCGUAAAGCUCAUAAAAUAAGCAUUUUUAAUAGACACAAAAAAUACACGAAAGUACGGUCUAAAAUAUUCAAAUUGAUUCACCUAGGAAUCGCACCUUUUUGAGCAGUAGUAUUAGCUAAUAACCCAAAAUUUUGAAAUGGGUUUAUUUUUAUGGUAUCGGUAUUUACGAAAAAGAACUUUUAAAAUUUACCAUAGAUGUGAAGUACAUACUAUUUUUUAAUAUUAAAUAAAUUAUUCUACAUUUUUUUACUAUGAUACUUUUACCUUUUUAAUGUAGUUGAAUGUUUGAAACCUUUUUAAAUUGUUUAAAAAUUUUAAAUCUUUAAUAUAAUUAACUCUUGUAAUGCUAAUGCUAGCCGCUCACCAUCCAAUAAGUCCACGUGCCUGCAGCACUAACGGCUUGACAUCCGAUAAAACUGAUCGUGUGUUAGUCGCGAUGUGCAUGAUAUCAUGAUGAUCGCGAGCUUAUUGAAUGGUGAGUGGCUAACAUUAUAUUUUAUUUUUGUAAUGUAAAAAAAAAUCUUUUCAAAGUUAACCCACUUGUGUGGUACAAGUGUUGAUGUAGUGUGCUACAGAUUUUGAAAUUUCAUUAGUACAAGUAAGCACUAGGAUAAUAAUUAAAACUAAUUAUUAUUAGUAUUUUUUCAAGUGAGUAUUUUUAUAUGUAUUGUUGUAUGUAUGAGUGCGAGGUUUUGUACUUAUUUGAUUCAGUAAAAGUAAACUUCAAUAGAGAAUGCCCUUCCGGUUUCUGUGUUUCCUGUUACCCCAAAGAUUUUAAAAUAGACAUAUGUCACUACCGCGUCAAAACUGAGGCGAACAAAAGUGGAUAAUAGGCUAGUUUACACUUUUUUAAAUGGUCUAAUUAAUUCUCUCUGUUUCAUGACGUCACUUUAACAAAUUCUAUCCAAAACGGAGCAUUUCACUAAAAUAUUAUUUAACAAUUAGUUUGACGUUUAGUACAUCGAGUGUUGGACAAAAAAUGGACGACAGCGUUUUUGACGUUUGGAAAAUUUGAAAAAAUACGUGAUACUUGAAUAUUGUUUAUAUUAAUUUUGAUAUGAUUCAACUACCCUAUUGUCUUUAUUUCAUUGAAUCGCAACAACGAAAGUUAUUUAAACAUUGUAACAAUAAUAUUUAAACAUUGUAUACAAUGUAGAGUUGUGUGUUCAGGAAGUGUAAAAACUGUAUAUACAUAAACUAGCUGACGCCGCGCGGUUUCACCCGCGUGUUUCCCGUUCCCGUAGGAAUAUGGGGAUAAUAUAUAGCCUAUAUCCUUUCUCGAUAAAUGGGCUAUCUAACACUGAAAGAAUUUUUCAAAUCGGGCCAGUAGUUCCUGAGAUUAGCGCGUUCAAUCAAACAAACAAACUCUUCAACUUUAUAAUAUUAUACAUAUAAUAUUUAUACAUAAAUGAACAAUGGAAUUAAACGAAAAAUUGUUGAUGUGUGCGCGCACUGGAGUAGCUAAAUUCGGAUCACUUUUUGCGGUGAUUUUGUAGGCACGUAACAUAUCUAUAGUGUAAAAUGUUGUGUUACCUACAAUCUAAACAACUUCAAGGCAACAAGGGAUAGGCAUUUUGUAGGCAAGCGCGUUGCAUCCUAAAACCACAUCAUUGCUUUUCUUAAGGCGUGAUUGUAGUCAUAGUACAUUGGACAUAAAAAAAUAUAUGUAUGUAUUUUCUAAUCGUUUUUUGACAACACUAUCAUAAAUAUCCCUUAAUAAAACAUUAUUAUUUUCUGUCAAAAAAAAAAACAGCGUAAAAUAUCUGACAUAUUUUUUUUUACUUUAUUUAUUCCUUUACGAAAAAGGCAAAGUCAUAUAUUGAAUAAAAAGCAAUGAAACUCUAAAAUGCAGCAAAUCAAUGAAAAUAAAACGUACAUGUGAUUACUAUGAUUUUCCCGGCAAACUCCUGACAUAUUUUAAGUAUUAAACCGCCAUUUUACUACGAUGCCACAAGUGUUAAAGACUUAAAUAAUUAUAUUACUACGAUGCCAGAAGUGUUAAAGAUUUUUCUAUUGGUUGCCUGAAAUUUCGUCACAUUUAGAACGGACCAAUAGCGAACGUUUUACUUUACGUAUGGAAUUUCCCGGAGAUUCAAUGUCUUUUUAAAUGUAAAUUAAAACAUGUUGUGAAUAAUGAAUACAUACAAACUCUCGCACUCUUCACGUUGGUAUGAAAAUGUAUAGCCAUUCUAUUUCUGAAGGAUAUGUAGCCGUAACGGCAGCCACACACGUUCAAGUUUAAAUUUGCAGCGCGCUCAUGAUGAGCAAGAUGCAGGCUUGAUCAUGUGUGGCUAGCGUAAGGUAACAGCACAAACGCGUUUAGCUAUGUGUAAGAAAGAAAAGAAACGUCAGCACAACAUAAACAAAAUUGUCAAAUUAUUUAUUGUUAAAGGGGAGAGGCGUGUGAAUUAGAAAUUUGUUUACCGCAAAAUACCACCGCUUAGCAAUUACUCAGACAAAUAAUAAUUUAGAAACAUGUUUUUGCUUUGCUAACGCUCCUUAAGUAUUUCUUAGCCUCUCUGUACACUUUACUAUAAUAACAGAAGCCCAACCGCCUACCCAAAAAUGGGACAUCAACAGAAUAUGUACAAAACACGCACACUCCGAUUCCCUGAAAAGCCGUUUACGUUAAAACAGUAAUUGGCAUGUGUGUGGUGGUUAUUGAUCCCAAAAAAUAAAGAUGCAGUUACUAGGUUUCUGCCCCAUUAUUGCGUUCCGUCACCUCGCGUCGUCGCAGGGUCGUUUUCUACAUAAAAAUAAAAUAAAAUAACCUUUCAUUGCUCGAAAGUACUAAAAAUGUAAUCAAAAUAGGGGUGUUUAUGUAUCCAGUUGACCUUCCUUUGAAACAGUUUUUCUUGCACAGACAAAGUCCUCUAACAUUUUCCACUUAUUUCUGUCUUUUGUUAUUGAAGUCCUGCUAUUUUCUUAAAAUCAUCUUCAUAAUAUCUCUUCAACUGCCUCAUCCUCUAUUUCAUCUGCUAUAUCUAGAUUCUAGUGUUAUGGUAAGUUAUUAUUUUUGUUCAUUUAUCUUUCUUUUCUCGCUCAGCAUGUUUCGUCCAGCGCCAUUUAAAUUUUUUGGAUAAAUUUUAAACUUUUUUGAACUUGGUUCUCUCUUUUAUAAUGUUUAACUGCAUUACACCCAAUAUACCUACUUCUCUAAACCAUUCUGGCAUAUUUUAAUUUUGUUUUGUUGGUGUUUAGUUAGGGCCUCAGACUAAUUACUAGGGCCAAAUUUGACAUGCGUACGUUAGACAUGGUAUACCUACAUUUCAUGGGUGUCUAUUUAUCAUAAUUACACUUAGUGACCAAUAUCUUUUCCAAGUGUUGGGUAUUUUUUCAAUUUCUUGGUGCAUGAUCGGUCGCUCGUGUCACGAACCGAGAUAGUGUGAAGUAUUCAGUGAAUUGUAAAAGUGUAUUUCCGUGGUGGGAAGUAGUGGGAGAACCAGUGCUGGCGAUAAAGGCGACUAGCUCAUUCUUGUCGUGACGUUCGAUCCGUCCACACCUUUUGUUGGACAAUCCUUCAUGGAUUAUUUUGGGAUAGAAUAACUUGAGCGGAAAAGGGGAGUGUUAACUAGUUAACCCUACAUACAACGGUCACAAGUCCGGGACUUCACUCAGGGUAUUAUCCGUCUUUAAAUUUGCUUCUGAUGUCAACCCGUUUUUCCGACACAUGAACCCUGCUGGUUAUACUGAUUGCCCUAAAUAAAUAUCAUAUCUCAUUUACGUAUUUUAACACUUUCAUUACCGCUACGAUUUUCACGAUGUUUUCUCGGGAGCCGCCUACAUUUUACGUUGGACUCGCUAGGUGAGUCGCCGGCGCUGCGAUACGAAUCAUUCGACUCGCCACGCGAGUUCAGUGGCAUUGCGUUAGGGUAAAAACUAUGUUCUGUUAUUUUUGUGGCCGUGACAGUGUACGUUACGUGUUUAAAGCAAUUAACUAGUAUAUGGUGUAAUUUAACAAAAAGAAAAUGGCAAGAAACACUAUAAAUAAACGAAAAGAUAGCAGAAUUUGGUUACACAUUGAAGUAACUCCUGAAGGUUUAGCAAGAAACAUCCAUUUAAAUAGACAGUCUGAACAGUUUUAUGAUAAAUUACACGUUGGACUAUUAUCCUGGGACCAUGAUAAGAACAUUGUUGAAAAUAUCAAUAGGAUAUUUGACCUAGCCAACAUUUCAGUAAACCAAGAAACAGAUGUGGAAUUAGUAAAAGAACAAAUUGAGGUGCCAUCUUGUAGUAUAUGUUUUUGUGUUAAUUUGCCAGAAAGUAAUGGACUACCCCAGCCAUUGUGCCAAAAUCCUAAAUGUGAGGUGUAUUAUCACAAGUACUGUUUGUAUCAGUGGCUAGUGGCAUGCGAGGGCGGUCGCCCGCCGGCGUUUGGUGUGGCGUAUGGAAGUUGCCCAACCUGUCUGCAACUGAUCACGUGCAGUGAACAAUAAACACUCGUAUAUUAGCCUUUCGUUGGGACUUCCAAGCGAUGGUUCCCAGCACAUUUUAAGGGUUCCGUACCUAUUACUGAGACUGGCUGUCUGUCCGUCCGUUUUAUGUUGUAAUUGGAAUUUGAUCAUAAAUUGUUCAAUGUAGGCAAGGAGAACAUGUCGGACAGGGGCGGCGAGUGUUAAUGCAUUCUAAAGGGAUCCCUCAAACCUACACCCAAGGUCACAAGUCCUGGGACCUGCUCGAGGUGUUUCCUACCACAGCGUUUCCCAACCUUUUUCAGCCACGGACCCCUAGAAAAUCAAGCACAGUUUUCACACCCCUUAAUAAAAUAAACAAUGUCCCGGUCAUAGUCUGAGCACCGUCGGUACUAACUGCCACAAACUUGUCACAAGUAAUUUCAUUAGUGAAAUAAAGUUGUUUAAUUUUA